ACGUUUCACCUAUUUAUUAUAAUCGCUGGAGUUGAGUCUGCUUUUAAACAUGAUGUGACACCCAGUUGUCCGGAUUCCGCCGAGGAAUGUACCUUUAUCCUACGUGUUAAUUACAUUAUGACCAUGGUAGCCUAUAACUGGACGAUCGACGAAGGGAACCCAGUUUUCCUCAGAAAUGGGACUUUCAUGAAAAAAACCUCAGACGCUGAACAUGGGGUGGCCCAUCUUUGUGAAGAAAAACCGGUUACCUCUGAAGAAAUGGAAGAAGUAAUAACUGCUGACGGCAACUACAGAUUCAUGUUCGCCAUCAACAAUCAGUUUCCGGGACCAACGAUUUCCGCUUAUGAAAAUCAAAGAGUAAAAAUUCAUGUUUACAAUGACCUUGCAAACGAGGCUGUGACCUUUCACUGGCAUGGUAUGUCCCAGAACGGUUCUGUUUAUAUGGAUGGUGUCUCCAUGGUUACACAAUGCCCGAUACUUCCGGGGCAGAUGUUUACUUAUUUGUUCACAGCUAAUCCUCAGGGAACACACUGGUAUCAUGCACACCACGGUGUUAUGAGGUCGAUGGGCCUUGCAGGUGCUUUUAUUGUCCUUCCUCGGAAAGGAAAUGAGAGAAAUGAUGUUCCCAAAGCUGAUGACGAUUUUGUAUUCAUGGUACAAGACUGGACAUACCCCGAGAGUGACCUCCAGCUAGUAAAAUUUCAGGAGUGGUAUAUGUUACCGUUUGUAAAGAAUAUGGAUUCAGAUGAGUGUCUCCAGACGAAGCUUACCUAUGACGGGUCUCUAUCCAGUCUGACGAUGCCUUAUAAUAAUGCCCUGGUGAACGGGAAAACGAAAUAUUUUUCAGAUGACAGCUCAGAGCAACAGCGUGCGAUACCACUGGAGAUAUUCAAUGUAGCCUCUAACAGCUAUACCAGAUUCCGAGUCAUUAACUCGGGCAUGACAGGAGAAUACAAAAUUUCCAUUGAUAAGCACAAACUGUUACUGACCGAUACAGAUGGAGGUGACCUGGCCCCAAUUUACAUCGAUUUCCUCCUCAUUAGCCCCGGAGAAAGCUAUGACGUCAUUUUAUACGCAAAUAACACUCCUGGAAACUACUGGAUACGCGUAGAAACAACAGAAGUAAUGGAUUACAAUCAUAAUCCAGUGAAACCAAAUGUAAGCUUUGCACAGCUUCAUUACAAUGAAGCAGAAGAUGAUUUACCUGACACAGAAGAGAGGGAAUGCUCAGAGCGGGAACCUUGUGUUAUGACCAAUUGUCACUGGAGUCUUAUAACGAUGGCUAAAAGGGAGCCAUACACGAAAUGUCUAUCUGUGGUGGAUCUAAGGGCAUCAUCACAACAUAGUAAUACAAAUCCUGUAGACGUUCCCACUUCACGUGACAAUUUUCAGGAGAUCUUUCUGAACUUUAAUUUCAGAGGGACUGACUCGAUGCGUCGUCGACCGGCAGUGAACACAAUUCAUUACAAAAGUCCACCAAUGCCCCUUCAGGUAUUUCCAGAUAUUGUAGAAGACAGGAACAUUGUAUGUAAUAACGACCACAUGAACAACUGUGGCGUAUACUGCCGCUGUACUCACGUUGUUAAGCUGGAUGCGUGGAAAACAGCACAGCUUGUAUUGACGGCUGAGGUUAACGUAACCAGGGGAUCCGCUCACCCUAUACAUCUCCAUGGAAAUCGUUUCCACGUCCUAAAGUACGGGCUCCCAGUUAUCAACAAGACAACAGGACUAAUUGAGAAGGAAAAUCAAGACAUAGAAUAUUUCAAUAACUACAGCAAAGCAAGAUGGCGGAAUUCUAGCUGGGAGUAUGGUAACAUUCCAGAUAUAAACAUUGUAGAUCCGCCCCACAAAGAUACGGUGGUGGUGCCUUUUAGGGGCUAUGUUGUUGUUCGACUACAAACAAACAACCCAGGAUUUUGGUUCAUGCACUGCCAUCUCGAUGACCACAUGAGCCUGGGGAUGGACGUUGUUAUACAGGUUGGGGAGCCACAUGAGAUGCCAAAACCUCCCCCACAUUUUCCAAAAUGUUGGAAUUUCAAAGCGGAAUUCAAUUCUAAAUCCUCCUCAAAGUCACAAUCAGAGAAAAAAUCCCUAUCUGACAGAGAAGAUGACAAUUUUUUACAGCUGCCUGCUGUAUCUGACAUCACCACCAAAGGACACGAAGAACAUGAAGAUGAAUCCUAUGAUACUCACAUCUUUAGCAUAAACUACACGUCGUAUGUCGUUAUGGUGGUGUUUAUGAUGGUUUUCCUCUUUGGGUUCCUCCUCUUGUCUCUGGUUUUGGUCAUUAAACAAUGUAACUGGACAGGUUCUUCCUCCAGACGCCGGGGUUAUACUGAGAUCGGAAGUGAACAGCGUGUUAAAUAUUCAAAAUAAACUCAAACAAAAACUUAAGAUGAAUGAUAUUGUAUUGAAGAAAAUUUUCUUCCUGUAGAGAUGCAAAGGGAAAAAAAUCAUCUGGAAGAACUAAAGUGAUAUAUUUUAAAUCUUGCCUCUACAUGUAAUAUCUUUAAAUAAGUAGAAAGUAUAGAACAUUUAUAGAAUUUUCUCAAUGUUUUGCUCAGUUUUGUAUUGAUAUAUAACAUGGACUUCUGUAAUUUUGAUUAAAGACCUUUAGAAGAUA